AAUACAAACCCAAGAGAGUCUCAUUCUUUAGAAACGCAUUCAUGGCAAACCAAAACCCUUCUUCAAUUCCAAUCUCAAACCGCGAAACAACCCAAACCGAUCAAACCACAGGUUUCUCGGCCAAAAUGAUCGUGCAGAAGGUGAAAACCAACUUGGUUUUACGUUCAAAAUGGGCCGAACUCAACGGCGCCAUAGGUGACCUCGGCACCUACAUACCAAUAGUUCUAUCUCUAACACUUUCCAGGAACCUCAACCUCGGCACAACAUUGAUCUUCACAGGUAUCUACAACAUCCUCACCGGGGCAAUUUAUGGGGUUCCCAUGCCUGUCCAGCCCAUGAAGUCCAUCGCCGCAGAGGCCCUAAAAGAUGAUAGCUUCGGCGUGCCGGAGAUCAUGGCCGCCGGAAUCUUAACCGGAGGCGUGUUGAUGGUUCUGGGUGUGACAAGGUUGAUGCAGCUUGUGUACACACUGAUUCCAAUAUCUGUUGUGAGGGGAAUUCAACUGGCACAGGGCUUGUCCUUUGCUUUAACAGCUGUUAAGUACAUAAGAAAAGCCCAAGACCUGCCAAAGUCGAAGGCUUUGGGUGACAGGAAUUGGUUAGGGUUAGAUGGGUUGAUUCUGGCAAUAGUUUGUCUGUGUUUUAUUGUUAUAGUGAAUGGUGAUAAGGAUGAUGAUGGGUGUGAAAGUGGUGGAGAUAAUUUGGGUAGCCAAAAGAGGGUUGAAGAAGAUGGGAGAAACAGGAGGAGUAGAGUGAGAAGUGUUGUUUUUUCACUUCCUUCUGGUUUCAUAGUGUUUGUGUUGGGUGUUGUUUUGGCAUUUGCAAGGAGGCCUGAGAUGGUGCAUGAGAUAAAGUUUGGACCUUCCUCUAUGGAAGUGGUGAAGUUGUCUAAGCAUGCAUGGAAGAAAGGGUUUGUGAAGGGUACAAUUCCUCAACUUCCAUUGUCAAUUUUGAACUCUGUGAUAGGUGUUUGCAAGUUGUCAAAGGAUUUGUUCCCAGAAAAGGACUUUUCUGCAACUUCCCUUUCAGUGAGUGUGGGGUUGAUGAAUCUUGUUGGUAGUUGGUUUGGUGCAAUGCCAUGCUGCCAUGGGGCUGGAGGACUUGCCGGACAGUACAAAUUUGGUGGAAGGAGUGGUGGUUGUGUGGCCAUUCUUGGUGGUGCAAAGUUGGUGUUGGGAUUGGUGUUAGGAAGUUCUUUGGCACACAUUUUAAGACAGUUUCCAGUAGGGAUCUUGGGAGUGUUGCUUCUGUUUGCUGGUAUUGAAUUAGCCACUUGCUGCAGGGACAUUAAUAGCAAACAAGAUUCUUUUGUGAUGCUUGUUUGCACCACAUUUUCUCUUGUGGGAUCAAGUGCAGCUCUUGGUUUUUUGUGUGGUAUGAUUGUUUAUGUGCUUCUUAGGCUCAGGAAUUGGACUAGUGAUAAACUUUUUCCUAACAUGGCACCAUAAAACCAUAACAAAAAGGAGCUUUUUUAGCUUAUUCUGUCUUGAUUAUUAGGUUUUUGUGUAACUCUAUAACUACUAAAUAAA